ACAAAAUGGCGAGGAAUUCCGGGAUGGGACGUAAAUCGAGUCGUGUGUCAUUUUAACCGAUCAGUCUCAUUUCGCACAGAACACUCAUGUCAGGGAAAUCUUUCGAUGUUCAUUAUGCAUCAUCUAGCUACUCUGCCACGGUUGCCAUUAUUUUCCUUUUCAACCUACUUGUUGGUGUGGGAAUUCUUGCCCUUCCAUCAGCCAUUGCCAAAGCUGGAAUUGUUGCAGGUGUCCUGUGUCUCAUCACUGUGUCUUUCAUGGCAUUUAUUAGUGUAACUUUCAUGAUUGAAGUGCUAGCAACUGCUAAUGCUUGGCGAAGAACAAAAUCAGUUUCUAGAAAAGGCAGUGCGAAAGGAGGCUUGCUUCAAAAUGAAAAUGUGGAAGGAAAAAAUCAAAUCAAGGUUAAGACCGAUGUAAUUUCUCCCCCAUUGUUUGAAAUUGAAGAGAAGUUUGAGAUGGGAUAUUUGUCAGAGAUGUUUCUUGGAAGUGUGGGAUCUACUUUCUUCUAUGCAGUUCUUUGCUUGUAUUUAUAUGGGGAUCUUGCAAUUUAUGCAGUAUCAGUUGCCACAACGUUAGAGCAAGCUGUUGGAGCCAGCCAUCAAAUAUCUUAUUAUUCCUUCCUCUGGGGUUUUAUUAUGUUCAUUGGACCAUUUUGUUUCUUCAAUUUCCAAAAAACUAUAUAUCUUCAAUUGUUCACAAUGGUAAUGAGGAACUCUGCCAUGGUGUUAAUGAUUGUUUUGACACUACUGGACAUUGCAAAUGGACACAGAGUACCAACAGACCAGCUGAUAUUAUGGGAUACAGAUAAAGCUAAGGAGGUACUAAUUUUUUUAUUACUCAUCUUUGUUUGCUGUGUAUCAUGUUCUAUAUGAAUGAUGAUGAUGAUGGAAUAAGUUUUAAAAAAAUAACCCUG